AUGGACGCUUUCUCCAUCCGACUCGACUUCUUGAGCCUUCUGAGGAGGCUCACGGCUUCUCAGCAGAGCAUAGCCAAGCUGAUCGCUUUCGCCAACGUGCAUGCUGACAAAGCUAGAAACGAUAUUUGGGACUGCACUGUUGGGGAGGCUGAAAAGACAAAUCUCAACGCUCGACUCAACAUCCUCUUCUUCAUCGAUGCUCUGCUCAGCGAAGAG